UUGCUGGCGGCUCCCGGGCCGUUGCUGCUGCUGCUGCUGCCAACGUCAGGAGAUGGCGGCGGCAACGACGACGGCGUCGAGUGAAGAAUCUGCUGCACAGGCCCCGCUUUUAACCAUCCUCCACUUCAAUGAUGUCUAUGAGAUCCAGCCGCGUGCAGAGGAGCCCGUGGGGGGCGCGUCCAGGUUUGCCACAGCAUUAAAACAAUUUAAAGCACUAAAUCCCCUGAUCCUUUUUAGUGGUGACUGUUUAAAUCCUUCCCUCCUAAGUACAACUACAAAAGGACGACACAUGAUACCAAUUCUCAAUGCUUUUGGAGUACAGUGUGCAGUAUUUGGAAAUCAUGAAUUUGACUUUGGUGUUGACCUGUUGGAAGAAAUAAUAUCAGAGAUGACCUUCCCUUGGUUGCUCAGCAAUGUAUAUGACUUAUUUACUUCUGAACCACUAGGACAUGGUAUAGAAAGCAAGAUAUUAGAAUGGAAUGGUGUAAAAAUUGGUUUGAUGGGAUUGGUGGAGGAAGAAUGGAUUGAUACUUUACCAACUAUCGAUAAGACAAAUGUGAACUUUAUUGAUUAUGUCGUUGUUGCUAACCAACUUUCUCAAGAUCUUCAAACCAAAGGUGCACAACUUCUGAUUGCCUUAACACACAUGAAAUGGAGUAAUGAUAUUAGACUUGCAAGGAAUGCUGACGGAUUAAACCUGAUUCUAGGAGGUCAUGAUCAUGACUAUGGCACUAAAGUGAUUAAUGGAACUCUAAUCAUCAAAAGUGGAUCAGACUUCAGAAGCCUAACCAAAAUUGACAUUACAAGAACUCUUGAGAAUGAUUACAAGUACAGCACACAAAAGGUAGACAUUGUAAAAGAUUUGGAGGAAGAUACUUUUGUGAGCAACAUUGUCCAUGAAUUUACAUAUAAUUUGGAGCAUCUGAUGGAAGAAGUGCUUUGUCAGAUAGAGGUAGAACUGGAUGGCCGUUUCACCACAGUAAGAAAAUCAGAAAGCAGUCUAGGGAACCUUGUUACCAAUGCCAUGCUUGAAGCCACGCAUGCUGAUGUGGCUUUGCUUAAUUCAGGGACUUUGCGCUCAGAUCGCUUACAUCCACCAGGUAACUUCACCAUGCACGAUCUAUUGUUGGUUUUGCCUAUCGUGGAUCCACUCUUGGUUGUCCAAGUGACAGCAGAACAACUAUUGGAAGCUUUAGAAAAUGGUGUCAGCAUGUAUCCAGAACUUGAUGGAAGGUUUCCUCAAGUGGCAGGAUUAGAAUUUGGAUUUGAUCCAAGUGCAGAGCCUGGACACAGAAUUGUUAUGGACUCGGUCAAGGUACAGGGACAAUACUUGGACAAAAACAGAACAUACUUACUUGCAAUCAAGGAAUACCUAGCCAAGGGGAAAGAUGGAUAUGUGAUGUUCCGUAAUUGUCAGUGGAUGGUUGAUACAGAAACGGCUCCCAGUCUUUCCACUGUUGUCGUCAACCACUUUGAAUCAGUAAAAAUUGUUCAAGGACUUAAAAAAUGUAAAUCUGGACAUCGGAUGGGUUUAAUCAAAAUCUCACACUCUGCAUCCAUAACAGAUUUUGAAAAGAAAGCUGAUGACAAAAUUGUGGUUGCACCUGUCCCUGAUGUAGAAGGAAGAAUAUAUCAUGUAACUGAAGACAUGAAACCACACCUCAGGCAACUACGUUCUGAACGAGAAAUAGGUCAAAUGACAUUUCCCUUAGAUCUUCUUGGUGCAAAUAACUCUCUUGGUUGUGAAUUAAAAUAGUCGAAAUAACUUAAUCUUUGUAUUUUCAGUAUUCAUUUUACUUGUUAUUCCUAUGUAAAAUCUUUGUAAUAAAAGAAAACCUUUACUCUAUAGAGAUGAGUAAAUGUCAUUUCACAGCUCUGAUUUUGUAAUCCUUAACAGAUUAUUGAUGCAAAAUCGUCUGAAAAAUGUCUUAGUAAAAUAAAAGUUUAUUAUUGAUCCAUUAUUCUCAUUUGUCUUGUCAAUCUAAAUAUAAACAUUAUUUUUUUUCUUUUGAGACCAUCCAUGAAAAUAUGAAAAUUCCUGAACUUUAUCAAGAGCUCACUAUUUCUGAGCAUUAUAUCUUUGCACUUUUAUUAUUUGCUAUAUUAUUGAAUUGCCGAUAAUGCUGGACAAUACAAGGAGACAACACAAAACUGAUUAUAGGGUUAUUUAUAAGAAAAGUGCAUAGCUUUUCAUUAAAUCUGAUGACAUAACUCAGUAUGCCGUGAACAUACUUGCACAUAUUUGGUCUGACAAUGAAAUGGCAGACGGGAUUUAUUUGCCAAAAUAUGGAUCUAGCCUAAUUUAUUUAGCAAAAUAAAUGGUUUAGUUGUUAGACAGCAAAUGGGGAAAAACAUCCAAAUCAGUAAUGUGCUUAGUAAAAAAAAAGGAAAAUCCAAACAAUAAGCAAACCAGACUGGAACAUUAGACAAAAAGAUCAGUAAUGAUUGAUAAAAUACAUCUCUUGAUGCUCCUGAACACAUCAUCAGUGAUGUAACCUGGGGUCAUUGUAAAACCUAUAAAUAUAAAACAAAAAUUUAGGAAGUGCUUAAUAUCAUUUUUGUUCAAAAUUCAUUUACAAUAAAAUAAAAAAUUAUGGAUGGGUAAAUCUUGGUUAAUCAAACUCCACUUCAUGAAUAAAAAUAGCAAACUACGCAUUAGCUUCUGAAGAAGGGCCAGGUGCUGAUGCCUACUCCUAUUUCUCGACAUUAUAGUUAGUCUCACUUGAUAUAUACAGUACUACAAAUAUCCAGCCCUAAACCCACAUGGUAAGGUAAGGUAAAGCUAGUGAAGACUCAGAGCUGCACAACUUAGAAUGCUUUUUAAAAGAUUAUUGAAAGUAAGUAACACUACCACAAAUUCACAGCAAACUAGUACAAAUAAUAUUAGAGAUGUUCAAAGAAACCACUAAAGAAUUAAACAAUGUUAUAAAUUAUAAUAAAGUACCAUGUACUAGUGCAUCUUUUAAACUACCAAUCUUACACAGGUUUUAAUUCUCAACCAACUUAACUUAAAACUCCAUGAAGUGGAUUCAGCUCUAACUCUGAUUCCGAACACACCUCACUCCAUCUAGUUUCUUUGCCCAGAUUCAGCAUCUGUGACAACUGAAUGACACAAACCUCUCCAGUUGUGAUUGUCCCAUCUGUAUG